GGAGAUGUGGCUACAGAUCAAUACCACAAAUACAAGGAAGAUGUUGGGAUAAUGAAGGAGAUGGGUUUGGAUGCUUACAGAUUGUCAAUCUCGUGGCCUAGGAUAUUACCCAAAGGAACGGUUGAGGGAGGAAUCAACAGAGCAGGCAUUGCAUACUACAACCACCUCAUUGAUGACCUCCUAGCUCAUGGAAUCAAGCCAUUUGUAACAAUUUUCCACUGGGAUCUUCCCCAAGCAUUAGAAGACGAGUAUGGUGGUUUCUUGAGCUCCAAGAUUGUGGGCCAUUUUCGGGACUUCGCCAAUGUAUGUUUCAAGGAGUUCGGCGACCGGGUCAAGCAUUGGAUAACCCUAAAUGAGCCAUGGACUUUCUGUGAUGGGGGCUAUGUGUACGGGGCUAUGGCUCCCGGCCGAUGUUCAGCUUGGCAGCAGCGGAACUGCAACGGUGGCGAUUCUGCCAUGGAACCGUACAUAGUCGGCCCCAAUCUACUUUUGGCUCACGCAGCUGCUGUGAAAUUGUACAGGGAUAAGUAUAAGGCAUCUCAAAAGGGGGUGAUCGGAAUUACAUUGGUAUCUCAUUGGUUCGUGCCCUACUCAGACGCUAAGCACAACCUCAAUGCAGCCCAAAGAGCCUUGGACUUCACGCUUGGAUGGUACUUGGACCCGAUAACCUAUGGCGACUACCCCCACAGCAUGCGAUCUCUGAUUAGAAACAGGUUGCCGAAUUUUACAGAGGAGCAGUCGCUCUCGUUGAAAGGGUCAUACGAUUUCCUCGGGUUGAACUACUACACUGCCUUCUACACGGCGUAUGCGCCUUACUCCGUGAACACUCAAAACAUGAGCUACGUAACAGAUGCUCUCACCAAUCUCAUGAGUGACCGUAACGGGAUACCAAUUGGCCCAGUGGCUGCUUCAAGUUGGCUAUCAGUUUAUCCAAGUGGGAUACGAAGUCUGCUACUGUAUGUUAAGAAUAAGUAUAAAAACCCGGUCAUCUACAUCACUGAGAACGGAAUCGACGAAUUCAACAACUCUACACUACCGUUGGAGCAGCAACUAGUUGAUCCUAUGAGGAUAGAUUAUCACUAUCGCCAUCUCCGGUACCUUCUGAAGGCAAUCAAGGAUGGAGUGAACGUGAAGGGUUACUUCGCAUGGUCAUUGUUGGACAAUUUCGAGUGGGCCUCGGGCUACACCGUUCGUUUCGGCUUCAACUAUGUGGAUUACAAAAACAGAUCAAAGAGACAUCCUAAGCACUCAUCGAUUUGGUUUAAGAGCUUUCUUAGCAAACAUUGAAGACCCAUGUUUAAUUCUCAUCGUGGAGUCUUGUGAGAUUUGCAUCGACCGAAUAAGCAUACUUAAGUGUCCCAUUGUGCAAAGUUUUGGCACAUAGAGUGCUCUUUUGCCAACUUUCUUGUGAUGCAAUCGUGAUAUUAUGGGCCCAACUUAACAGUUGGGCUCAAUCUUGACAUCGUGGGCCCAAUUAGGCUGUUGGUGAUGCCAUGCUAAGAGGCCCAGUCUAGGUCAGCCCUUUUUGCGCGCUUAAUGGUGGGAACAUGUCAUCUCGACCUUGACCUGCUCCACUCGUGAGCACCGCAGAGCCCCGAGCUCCCUCAAACCGUCGCUUCUUGUGAUGACUUGACAUCAUCGCCUUCAUUAUGAUCUUCAUACUCCUCCUUAACUCGGUUAUUACAGCGAAUGCCAAACCGCCGUUGCCAUGGCAAGCGCUAGAUACUAGCCCUAGCUUAGCUUUG